UAAAACCUAAAUCGUAAUUCAAUUCACCCUAAAAUCUAAAAUGUAAAAGCCUAACCCUUAUAAACCCUAACCCUAAUUUCAUCAGGAGGUACACUGUGGGAGAGGAAGAGGACUGGGAGAGGAGAGGCGUUUCACUACUGUUCUGUUGAAAGUGGAUUUUUAUAGAAAAUGGGUCGCGUGAUCAGAGCGCAGAGGAAGGGAGCAGGUUCCGUGUUCAAGUCGCACACUCAUCACAGAAAGGGUCCUGCGCGCUUUCGGAGUUUGGAUUACGGCGAGAGAAAUGGGUACCUGAAGGGCAUCGUUACAGAAGUUGUUCACGAUCCGGGGCGCGGCGCACCCCUCUGCCGUGUAAAUUUUAGGCAUCCCUUCCGUUAUAGGCAGCAGAAGGAACUUUUCAUCGCUGCUGAGGGGAUGUAUACAGGUCAGUUCAUUUAUUGUGGCAAGAAGGCAAAUCUCACUGUGGGAAAUGUCUUGCCUUUGAGAUCUAUUCCCGAGGGUGCUGUAGUUUGCAACGUGGAGCAGCACGUCGGCGAUCGUGGCUCCUUUGCCAGGGCUUCUGGAGACUACGCCAUCGUUAUCAGCCACAACCCUGAUAAUGGCACUUCCAGGGUAAAACUCCCGUCUGGAGCUAAGAAGAUUGUGCCAAGUAGUUGCCGGGCAAUGAUUGGGCAGGUUGCCGGUGGUGGUCGGACAGAAAAACCGAUGCUGAAGGCUGGUAACGCGUAUCAUAAAUUUAGGGUUAAAAGAAACUGUUGGCCCAAGGUACGGGGUGUUGCCAUGAACCCUGUGGAACAUCCCCAUGGUGGAGGUAACCACCAACAUAUUGGGCAUGCCAGUACUGUGCGUCGUGAUGCACCACCAGGACAAAAAGUUGGUCUUAUUGCUGCUAGGAGAACUGGUCGUCUGCGUGGACAAGCUGCAACAGCAGCUUCAAAGACAGAUAAGGCUUAGUAUCAGACCUAGAGUUACUGAUUAUGCAACAAUGUCUUAGUUUCUUUUCUUUUUAAGGUUGCUUUCUGUCAUCAAUUUUUGUGAAACAGGUUGUAAACUUUGUUUCCAAUUAUUGUUUUUUAUCAUCAGUGGUUUAUUGUUAAUUCAAAAUUUUGAGAGAGACUUAAAACUGGGUUGUAAUCCUCGUUUGUUGUUACUGUUUGAGGCAAAUUUUAAUGCUGUCAUAUUAAUCGAAUUUGUCAUUUUUGGAUC